AUGUCUAAUUCAUUCAGGCCAUCUACGCUAAUUAAACCCGACCCAGUUUACGAAUAUGGGUACCCUGUUCCAGGGAACAGGAUCUCCAGCCCGCUGGCAUACAACCCGGUUUCGAAUUCUCCGGGUUAUUCGUACACCCGGUUCGGGGAUGAAUCCGAUAACAUAAAUUACUCCACCCAGGACGUGGGUUGGGAUCACGGGGAUUUCGUGGAGCACAAGAAGAAGCGGCCCUACAUGAUCCGGUGGAAAUCGGGGAAGAAGGUUGAUAAGAGGCUGAUGAUGGUGCUGGAGUCGUUUUACCAGGAGAUUUACGUGAAACGACAGGAUUUCUUCAAGAAGAUAUUUCCCGACCGGAUGCAGGAAGACUUCGACGACGUGUUCCGUAAAGUGGACGCUAUGUUGAAUAAGAACAAGAGUGAAGUCAGGAAUCAAACUCUGCAGAGAAGCUUGAGCAUGGGUUCUCCCCGCCGGAUGCAGCGGUUCAAAAUUAAAACCCCGGCGGUCGUCGUCGGGAACUCAGACGGUCAAAGCGGCGGCGCAUCAGAUUCAGAUGGCCAAAAUGGUUACGGAAAGUAA